CAUGGACAUGUCCGAAUUUUCCCAAUUUUCAACAGGGAUCCAACAAACCUUUUUCAUACGCACGUCAUCGUCAAUUCUUUGACAUCAUGGCACAGACCAAUUGUUGCCUCAAUGCCUUCGCAUGGGACGGCAGUCCAUGUGGAACUGAGGGUAAGCUCGCCAAUAACGACUCGUACAUUACUGGCCAAAACCCAGAGCUUGCGAUAUUGCUCAUUCACGAUGCAUUUGGUUGGAAGUAUGCGAAUAUUCGCUUGCUAGCAGAUCACUAUGCUCGCGAGAUCAACGCGACUGUCUAUGUCCCCGACUUCUUCGGAGUCGGAUCGCUUCCAUUCGAGCCCAUGUUCGAAGGUCGAUUCGACCAGAUGGACCUUGUUCAGUUCAACAUUGACAAUGCCCGACACAAGCGCGAACCAGAAGUUUUAGCCUGCGCAAAGGCCUUGCGACAGAAACACAAGCAUCUCGCCGCCGUCGGAUUUUGCUAUGGUGGUUGGGGCUGCUUCUUCCUUGGUGCGAAGAAACACGAAAUGAGCGACGGCCGCCCCCUGGUAGAUUGUAUAUCUGUUGGGCACCCGUCAUACCUGACUACAGAUGAUAUCGACAACGUAAUUGUUCCUGUACAAUUGCUUAUUCCUGAAUUUGAGCCUGCGUAUUCUCCAGCUUUGCAAGCCCACACUUUUGCAACCCUGCCCAAGCUAGGUUUAUCAUGGGAUUUUCAGUAUUUCCCGGGUGUGGAGCAUGGGGCACUUAGUCGCGGGAACGAGAACAAGAUUGGAGAGAGACGGGCUAUGGCAAGGGCUAAAACAGCUGUGGUUGGGUGGGUGAAGACAUUUGCUUCGGAGUAAGAGAUGCCAGGCCUUGAGCAUCGGUCUAACGUGUAGGGUCAGGGUUCAGACGAUGUUGGCCGAGUCAAUCAAAUUAUCACAUCGCAUGAUCAAGGCUGCUGCUAGACUAGCAUCGACAAAGAUCCCUGGAUUUAAUCAGUAGGCACUCCAACCCAUAUCUAGCGAUGUAGCUACCUCAGAAUGUUGAUCCAGGGUCUGAAAGCAUGCUACUCUGAACCGAUUUCCCCGUCCUCCACCAUUGCCAGAGUAACUGCCUCUACGAUGUAACACCCCCUUACUAGCAACGCCAAUUCAU